AGUCCAUCGGUGUAGUCCAGAGGACAAGGGCACAGCGUCAGCAUUAGCCUUGUUUUCACCCCCGAUAAGCAAACAUGGCGAGGCUCCUGAGGUUAAACGUCAGGAGUUUUGUCACAUCUCAGCUGAGAAUGUCAUCUGACCAGCUGGGUGAGCUGGGUAAAGGUGCAGGAAAAGGUGGAGGAGGUGGAGGCUCCAUCCGAGAGGCAGGUGGAGCCAUGGGCAAGAAGCAAGCUGCUGAGGAGGAGAUGUAUUUCAAGCGAAAAGAGCAGGAGCAGCUGGCUGCGCUGAAGCAGCACCACCUGGAGGAAAUCGAUCACCACAAGAAGGAGAUCGAGCGCCUGCAGCGCGAGAUAGACCGCCACAAGGGAAAGAUCAGGAAGCUGAAGCAUGACGACUGAGAGGAACAAUCCAAAAGAAGUUUAUUUUCACUCGCCGCCCAAAACGCCUUUAUUCAUGACACUGGUUGCUGAUCUGUAAAUGACUGAAAGUUAUUAAAUCUCCUCAUCUGUU